CUUAAUACUGGCCUUCUUUCUCAUCAUGUACAAACUUGAAGUUCAGAUGGUGAUGUCUUACAAGGCAGGUACUGUUAGGCACUACAAGAAAUCUGAUCUUCCUCGUCUCCGGUGGACGCCGGAACUCCAUGACCACUUUGUUCGAGCUGUAGAAAACCUAGGUGGAAAACAUAAAGCAACACCGAGAAGAAUUGUGCAAGUGAUGGGAGUAAGAGGACUUGAGAUGUCUCAUGUUAAAAGUCAUUUGCAGAUGUAUCGAACCACGAAGAAAAGGACCACAAUUAACCUAACGCUACCAAUUGAGAAUAAACUGCUAGACGAGGAAAUCGCUUGGUCCCCUCCAAGGGAAUUCAUUGGGAAAAGCCAAACAGAGAAAGAAACGAUGAUAGAAACAAGAAGCCAAGCCAUUUACAAUGCAAAGGUGAUCAAUGAAGAAGGCAAGGAAGAUGAUAUUCACUCUGAUGUGGAGAUUGAAAAUCGGAGUGAAAUUUCUGAAUUUAUGAACGAAGCAACAGAUGAUAAUUGUGGAGAGUACAAAAGAUUAUGGUCAUUCGAUGAUCAUCUCAUCUCCAAUUCAAGUGAUUUAAACAAUGGCUUCGAUUUCCUAUUACAAUCAAAUAAGAAAGACAGAAGUCAUGUUAACCUAGAUUUAACUAUCUCAUCAUCAUCAUGUUAUCUGUAAGACAUUUACUCAAAUAAAUAAAUAAAUUAAGUAAAGAGAGCUUAACAAGUAGCUUGGUCUUUGUGUAAGAAACAUGUAUAGAUUAUUAAAAGAAUCGUAUUUAUUCA